AAAGCGAUGUUCGGUCGAAGGCGAGAGCGAAUGGGAUUGACCGGUUGGAGAGUGCAAUGAAGGAGAGUGGGGAUGUAAAUGCCGGUGGUGGACAAAAACAGAACUGCCACAUACCACUCCCCUCACACCUCCAGGAGAGUCGUUCAUGAUGUUGGCAGAUAACGACCCGUCAGAUCCAUUCAACCAAUUCUGGACGAUCAUGCAAGGUGUACUUGAGAACCUCUCUGCUCCGGUUGCGUGGGCUACGGUCCCGCUGAACGGGGAGCUCUCAGCGCCUGUUCCCAGUCCUCCUCGGGUAGCGAGCCUUUCACCCUCCGCGACACCCUCGAAGGCGAAUCGGAGCAAGGCCCCCGCUGUGCCUGACCUGAGCGACGAAGAAUCGGAGACAUUUUCCUCCGACGAAGAGGAGGACUUUUAUCUGGUGAUGCCUACUGCUUCUCCCCCUCUUACAGCUUCCCCCGGAAAUGGGAAGCAUUCCUAUCCUCCCAUGCGACCCAAAACUCGGGAGGAGCUGCACUACGAGAAUAUCGCCCUGAAGCAGCACGUCGACUCCCUUUCCAAGACACUGCAAAGCACACAAGAAGCGUUGGCGGAGAAGGAAGCAGCGCUGAAGGAGAAGGAAAGGAAGGAGAAGGCGAAUUUGGGCAUGUUGAGGGAUAGCUUGGCGGAUAUGAGGAGGGGGAGGGAGAGCGUUAUCCUUGAAGGUGUUAGGCAUGGGCUUGGAGGGUUGACCUCUUCGAGACGUGGAGAGCAGAUGCUCCGUCCCAGCGAAGGAGGAGCAGUCAGUCCCCAGCCGCCGGCUGGUGUCCUUGACCGGCCCGACCCUGCUGCAGCGGCGAAAGAACCAGAGGAGAAACGGGUCCGCGAGGCUGAGAAGGAGAAGGAAGAACGGGCCCGCGAGGCGGAGAGGGAGAAACGCGAGGAAGCACACCGUCAAGCAUCUGAGAGGGAGAAGAAGCACCUCGAGGAGCUCGAGUCC